ACCAUCUCCCUUCUCUGUCUCCUUGCUGGGUCUCUGUCUCCCCACCUCUCCCCUUCUCGCUGCCUCUCCCUCUCUCUGUUCUCCGUCUCCUCCCUUCUCCCCUGACUCGCAUCUCAAGACUCUCCAGGGCUGGGAAACAGCUAAAAAGUAAGAUCAUCAAGGGAUUAUCCCCAGGUCCUCGGGGCUGGGAUCAGAAAGGUCCCUGGGGCAGGAAAUCCGAGUGUUGGAUCUGGCUAGAUGACAUCUUCCUCAAGUGGAGAGAUCCAGGAGGGGUCUUUCUGGCAGCGGGAAGGACAGGAGCAAACCCUGGGAGGCUGCAAAGAACCAGCUCGGAAGCAAGGACUCCCUGAAUUACAGCACCCCUGACUAUGCUGAUUAUGGCUGGACCGUGGACCCGUACAUGCCAGUGGACAAGUCUUCUAGAACCCCCGCCCUGUCUGCCCCGAAUGUGACUGCCCUGGUAAUCUUAGCGGUGGUCUUCCUGGUGGGCGUCCCGGGCAACAGCCUGGUGGUGUGGGUGACGGGCUUCGAGGUCCGGCGAAACAUCAACGCCAUCUGGUUUCUCAACCUGGCGGUGGCCGACCUCCUCUCCUGCCUGGCGCUGCCCAUCUUGUUCACAUCCAUCGUCCAGCACGGCCACUGGCCCUAUGGCGAGGUGGCCUGCCGCGUCCUGCCCUCCCUCAUCCUGCUCAACAUGUACGCCAGCAUCUUGCUCCUGGCCACCAUCAGCGCCGACCGCUUCCUGCUGGUGUUUAACCCCGUCUGGUGCCAGAACUACCGAGGGGCCCACUUGGCCUGGGCGGCCUGCAGCGUGGCCUGGGGCUUGGCCCUGUUGCUGACCAUCCCGUCCUUCAUGUAUCGCGUGGUGCGCGUGGAGGCCUUUCCGUUCAAGAUGGAGUGCGGCGUGAGCUACGGGAGAGACGGUUUCGUCACCGAGAGGGUCGUGGCCAGCCUGCGGCUGGUGGUGGGCUUCCUGUGGCCGCUGGUCACGCUCGGAAUCUGUUACACGUUCCUCCUGAUUCGGACGUGGAGCCGCAGCGCCACGCGCUCCGCCAAGACGGUCAAGGUGGUGGCGGCGGUGGUGACCAGCUUCUUUGUGUUCUGGCUGCCCUACCAGGUGACGGGGAUGAUGCUGGCCCUGUCCGACCCGCGCUCGAGAAUCUUCAAGAGCGUGUCGGCUCUGGACGCCCUGUGCGUCGCCUUCGCUUACGUCAACUGCUGCAUAAAUCCCGUCAUCUACGUGGCGGCGGCUCGGGGCUUCCACGCCCGCUUCCUCAAGUCCCUCCCCGCCAGGCUCCGGAACGUGUUGACCGAGGAGUCCGUGUCCCGGGACAGCAAGUCCUACACCCUCUCCACGGCGGACACCCCAGCCCAGAAGAGCCAGGCGGUGUGAGGGGCGCGCUCCCGGCCGCCCUCUGCUCGGCGCCCCCACCUUCCCACCCGUGCGGUUUCCCUGGGCUCAUGGUAACCGUGACCUUGGUGAAACCCAAGUACCGGGAGCAACCCUG